UCCCGUCAUUACCUACCUGUAGUAAGAGAACACUACGGCAACGGCAACAUGAAAGGCAGAUCUUGCCAAUGUGGGAUAACUAACUCCUUCCGUAGAGUUAUGCUAUUGUAAUAAUACCCCUAAAUCAUGUCAAGGAGGAAGCUUUUCGAAAUCACCCCCCGCUAUGGCGUUAAUAGGAUGGAAUAAACAAUGAUUAAUCAAAGUCGUUGUUUCACAAGAUGGGGGGAUAUAGAAAUAUAAAGCCAUCUUCUCGCCCGAGAGGAAAGGAGAAGAAAUCAGAUCAUCAUCUUCUCUUCAUCCUCUCAUCAGAAAACCAUUACCUCCAAAGUCUCGAUACAAAAGAAAAGCUAGCUAUCUGCUUCUAACUUUUACCUAAACUACCUAACACCAUCCAUCAAUAUGACUACUAUUACGAAAGUCGCCAUUGCAGGUGCUAGCGGUGCCCUUGGAGCACCGGUUUUUGAGCAACUCUUGAAGGCAGACUUUCAACUUACUGUCCUCACCCGCAAAGGGAGCAAUCACACCUGGCCGUCAAAUGUUACCGUUAAGGAAGUCGACUACAACUCAGUAGAUUCCUUGACAGAGGCACUGCGAGGACAAGAUGCUGUUGUCUCAACCAUCACAACCGAGUCGCUUACCCUACAGAGCAAUCUGAUUGACGCUGCUGUCAAGACCGGAGUGAAACGUUUCAUUCCAUCCGAAUUCGGUUCCAACACUUUCAACAAAAACGCUGCAAAGCUGCCCUGCUACGCACCCAAGGUCCAGAUUCAGGAAGCAUUGCAGAAAGCCGCCGCUGAGAGCGAUCUAACGUGGACUGCCGUGCUUAACGGAGCCUUCUUGGACUGGGUUAUCCGCGCAGGAUUCUUCGCCGACGUCAAGAACCGUACUAUCGAGCUACCAGAUGGAGGAAACAACCUGACUUCGAGCACGACGCUCCCGACCAUUGGCAAGGCCGUCGUAGGCGUGCUGAAGAAUCCCGAGCAGACUAAGAACAGACCGGUAUACGUCCAGGAGGCCGCUAUCAGCCUGAAGCAGAUCGAAGAGAUCUUGAAGAAACAUGUAGGAGCAGAUGGGUGGAAGGAGAACGUCACAUCGCUUGACGAGAUACUGAAGAACGGUUUGGAAGAGAUUGGCAAGACAGGGUUCAAUCCAAACGCCUUCUUUUCCAUCUUGAAGGUCGGAAUUUGGGGCAAGGAGUAUGGAGGUCACUUUGACAAGCUUGACAACGAGCUUCUGGGAAUUAAGCAGCUAAGCCCAGAAGAAGUCGAGGCCAUUGUAGUCGCGAACAUCCCCAAAUAACGGUCGGAACCACAUCUUACCUUAGGUACCUAGAAUAAGCCAUGUCAACCUUGGAAUUUGAAAUGAGAAUAGCGUAUAGCUAGGUACCGAGUUAGAUCCUGUACUUUAGUACACUUUACGAAAUAGACACCUUCCAUAACCUUGAACUAACCAGAU